CUGCAGCCUCUGAGUUGAACAGUAGCAGAUGUAAGCACUCUACUGCUGUUUUAAAAUGGGUCUCUCUCUACCAGGUCCACCAGUAUGUGUCGCGGGCAGAGGAGCUGAAGGCCCUGGUAGCGUCAGACAACAGAACACAUUUCCAGGAAGCACAGUGUGCAAGAGACAUCCUGCACGAAAUGUCUCGGGACCAUCCCCGUCUGUUGGCUGCAUUGGAUGUGGCAGCUUCUGCAGUGGCUAAGGAGGAGGGUGGCCUGGAGGACUGGGACACACUGGACAUGUAUCAGCAGAGUCUGGGUGAGCUGCUGCUGGCACUGGCAGCGGAGCCCCAGGGUCGGAGGAGAGAGCUGCUCCACAGCGAGAUUAAAAGCCUGAUGACCAGAGCUGAGUACCUCAAAGAGCACUUGAAGAUGCAAGAUGCACAGACUGAUGUCUCGCUGGACAGAGAGGCCCUCUCCGAGUCAGUGCGCACCUCAUGCUGUAUGCAGUGAGCCUGGACUCUGGACAACAGGAACCAAGUAGAGAACCAGAGGCAUCAUGUCCAGACAACCCAGCCAGGAUGUGGACCCCAGCAAUUGGCAGACAGUCCUUUCAGUCCCUAAGAUGCUUUGCAGUCAUUUAAUUUGAAAGUGAACUCUUUGCAUUUGAAAGGGAAAAUACCUGUAAAUAUAAAUUAUAAUCAGAAAAUAAUUUCCAGCUGCCUACUUAGAAUGUAGAUGCACUCGCUCACUAUCUCACUCACUCACACCGUGGCCUUGCUGUACAUCCCACUGCUGGGCAAACUGCACUGAGCUGCUUCCACAAGGAGAGUGAGGAUUUGACCUUGUUUAUUUACUCUUCAUUCUGGUUCAGUUUGUGUUGGUGCCGCUCAGCAGCAGAGUUCCACAAGUCUGCCGUGUUUGGGCUGUGAGUCCGUAUCAGUCAGGAGCCCCUCCCAGAGGUGAGAAAAGUUUCAGGGAUAACUAUUCAGUGGUUUCCUCUAUGUAGCAUGCCGUGUCCAGCCUGGUCCAUGUCCCUUUAAUGGGAAGAUAUCUCUUUCAGUCACAGACACUUGAAAAUGCCUUGUCUAAAGCUCUGGAUUUACAGACACAUGAAUCUCUUGAAUGCUCUGAGUAUUGAUUUUACACUGCCAGUUUUACUGGAACUCUUUUCUUAUUCUGCAUUU